AAGCCGGGGCAGCAGCCAGGCUUGGUUUGGCAGCUGGGGAAUCCCUUCCGGCCUUUGGGCGGCGGAGGCCUCGGAGGAGCCGGGGCCUGGCGUAGUCCCUCCCUCCCGGGACGCUGGGGCUGCUUCGUUCUGUGGCCCGCCGGCGCCUCGUCCUGGGCUUCUGGAGGGGGCUUGGCGAGGGUCGAGGCGGCAUGAUGGGCGACGGGGACCGGGUGGAGAUCGACGGCGGCAUCAUGGAAGGGGGUGGCCAAAUUCUGCGUGUUUCCACAGCUCUGAGCUGCCUCCUUGGUACACCUUUGCGGGUGAGAAAUAUUCGAGCUGGCAGGAGUCAGCCUGGCCUUAGACCUCAGCACCUGUCAGGACUGGAAAUGGUUAGAGACUUGUGUGAUGGAAAGAUGGAAGGUGGAGAAAUCGGGUCCACAGAAAUAACUUUCACGCCUGGGAAGAUCAAAGGUGGAACCCAUGCUGCAGAUACCAAAACAGCUGGGAGUGUUUGCCUGCUGAUGCAGGUCGCAAUGCCCUGUGUGUUGUUUGCAGCUGCUCCUUCAGAACUUCAUCUGAAAGGUGGCACCAAUGCAGAGAUGGCUCCCCAGAUUGACUAUACAGUGAUGGUCUUCAAACCAAUUGUUGAAAAGUUCAAUUUGACACUGGACUGUAUUAUAAAAAGGAGGUAAGAUCCAUUAUUGUAUGGCUCCA